AUGGACGGUCAGAAGAAGCCCACCCGGCAGUUUGGUGUCACCAGCGCCAUCUCCGAGGCCGCGCCCACCGAACACGACAUCAAGCUGAACGACAAGCUUAUCGAAACACUUAAAGCUGAGAAUGUCUUCGAGACUCCCGAAGGCAACCGCAGGAGGGAGGAGGUGAUUGAGCACAUCCAGAAAGUCGUCGAAGAGUUCGUCCGUCGCGUCGGCAAACAAAAGGGUGUUCAGCAGUCCGUCCUCGAUGCUGCCGGCGGCAAGAUCUUCACUUUUGGUAGUUACGCUCUCGGCGUCCACGGUCCCACGUCGGAUAUCGAUACUCUCGUUGUCGCGCCCAAGUUCGUCACCAUCGACGAAUUCUUCAAAAACUUCCCUCCGACCUUCAAAGAAAUGUCAAACACGGAAGACAUCACCGAAUUCGUGCCCGUCGAAGAUGCCUUUGUGCCGAUUAUCAAGAUGGAAUAUCGCGGUGUGAGCAUAGAUCUACUAUUCACGUCUCUGCCCAAGAGGUCGUCGAUACCCAGGACUAUGGAGACGAUUGAAAAGAAGGACCUGGAGGGUCUCAGCGAGUCAGCGACACGGAGCGUCAAUGGCACACGAGUAACCAACGAGCUCCUGGACGCGGUGCCACAAAAGGUCAGCUUUCGACACGCGCUGAGGGCCAUCAAACUCUGGUCGAACCGCCGCGGCAUCUAUGGAGCAGUCUUCGGAUACCCUGGUGGUGUCGCGUGGGCUAUCAUGGUUGCGCGUAUCUGUCAGCUAUAUCCCAUGGCCAACGGCGCUACUAUCGUUUCCAAGUUCUUCAGCUUGAUGUACAAGUGGACCUGGCCGCGACCCGUUAUGCUGAAACACAUCGAAGAGGGCGACUUGGGUCUUCGUGUAUGGAACCCCCAGGUCUACGGUGGUGACCGAGCUCACCUCAUGCCUAUAAUUACACCUGCAUUCCCUUCCAUGUGCGCUACCCACACGGUGAUGCCAUCGACACUGCGCAUCAUGAAGGAAGAGUUCGGACGAGCGGACAAGAUCUUACAACACAUCUUCUCAGGUGCCAAGGACUGGGAUUCCCUCUUUGAGCGACAUUCCUUCUUUACCAAAGACCACAAGUACUACCUCAGUGUCGUGGCCGCGAGUCGCAGCAAGGAAGCUAACUCCACCUUCUCCGGACUCGUGCAAUCGAAGAUUCGUCACAUUGUCAAGGGCAUCGAUGAUGGACAGACGGGCAUCGAUACAGCGCGCCCUUACAUCAAAUACUUUGAACGGUACCAUCGCUGCAAAGACGAUCAAUUUCAUGAGGUCACGCAGGGUUCGCUUGACUAUAUGAUACCAGCAUCUGAAGUACCUGCUGAGGGGACGGAGCCAGCCAAUGGCGACACCCACAUUAUCUACACGACUACUUUCUACAUCGGUCUCACUCUACCUCCAGAUGCUACAAAGUCGCUCGAUAUCUCCUAUCCAGUGAGUCAGUUCAGGAGCUAUAUCACUGACUCCGACCUCUACGACGACAAAACGAUGUCGGUCAAGGUGGUUCAUACCCGCAACACUGCGCUUCCCGAUGACGUUUUCGAGAAGGGAGAGACUCGACCGAAGAAGCCUAGCAAAGACAAGAAGAAGAAGGACGCGAAAAGUGCUAAGCGCCACUUCGCCGAUACAGGCCUUGACGUGCGUGACUCCCACCUCCUCAAAUCCUCUCGACGCUCGCCCGCGCCAGAGAGCAAUCUUACGUUACCAUGCUAA